CGGAAUAAAACGACAAUACAAAAAAAUUGAUCGAGCUGUUAUUCUUCUCUUUUUUCUUUUCUUUACUUCUCUUUCCAUCAAAGUUUCCAUUUUCACAUUUGUACAUUACUCUCCCACGCCUUUUCCCUCUUUAUACAUUCUAUUCUCAUAACUUAUACAAAGUAUAUCAAUACAAAAAGCCAUGUCUCUUAACAGUGCCCGUGUUGAGUCUUUGAAGGACAUCAUCACUCGUCCUACUCGCGUCAUCUCAUAUCCAAAGAAGGCUGAUGGCAAGCCUCUUUAUACAUCUGAAUUUUUCGGCGAGAAUGUCUUCGACCUCCAACAGAUCGCCAAGGCCCUUCCCAAGCCUGCCUAUGCUUCCUUCUUAAAACAGAUGCGUGGUCGCCAGGCUUUGGAUCGCGCUACUGCGGAUGCAAUUGCCCACGCUGUCCGUAUCUGGGCCAUGGACCGUGGUGCCACUCAUUUCACCCACUGGUUCCAGCCUCAGACUGGUACCACUGCUGAGAAGCACGACGCCUUCUUGUCACUCAAGUCUACCUUUACUGCUGCAGGGGAGGAGGUCACUGCUAUUGAUGCGUUCUCUGGCUCGCAGCUGAUGCAAGCCGAACCCGAUGCUUCUUCAUUCCCAUCUGGAGGCAUGCGCACUACUUUUGAGGCACGUGGAUACACCGUCUGGGACACUACCUCACCCAUGUUUAUCCAGGAAGGCCCUCAUGGCACCUCCAUCCUAUACAUUCCUUCCGUCUUUAUUUCUUAUAACGGUGAUGCUUUGGAUGAGAAGACAAAUCUCCUUCGUUCCACUUCAGCCGUUUCAAAGUCUGCAUGCGAACUCCUCAACCUCAUUGAUCCCGUCCCUGUUGGCGCCCAGCCCAAAUUCAGCCAUGUCUACACCACUCUUGGCACUGAGCAAGAAUAUUUCCUGAUUGAUCGCUCGCUCUACGCUCUUCGCCCCGAUCUCAAGACCACCGGACGCACCUUGAUCGGCAAUCUGCCUCCAAAGCAUCAGCAGAUGGAUGAUCAUUACUUCGGACAUGUCCCCUCUAAGGUUAUGGCCACUAUGUCCGAGGCUGAGCUCGAACUUUUCCGUCUUGGUGUCCCCGUCAAGACCCGCCAUAACGAGGUCGCUCCUAAGCAAUUCGAGCUUGCCCCUAUUUUCGAGGAAGCUUCCUUGGCUGUUGAUCAUAAUUUGUUGACCAUGGAUGUCCUCUCCAAGGUCGCUCAUAAGAACAAGCUCAAGGUUCUCUUCCACGAGAAGCCUUUCAAGGGCGUCAAUGGAUCUGGCAAGCACUGUAACUGGUCGAUGUCAACGGAUCAUGGUGAAAACUUGCUGGAUCCCACUGUCAAGCCCGAGACCAACUAUCGCUUCUUGCUUAUCCUUGUUGCCGUCCUUCAUGCUGUUCAGCAGCAUGGUGCUUUGUUACGUACCUCCAUUUCUUCGGCCUCAAACGAGCAUCGUCUCGGUGCUUGCGAGGCUCCUCCCUCGAUUCUUUCUAUCUUCUUGGGUCAACAUUUGAAUGAGGUCCUCAAUUCGAUCGAAGAGUCGCGACCCAUUAAGAACUUCUCCGUCCCAGAAAUCCAGACCAUUAAGUUAGGUGGAACUGUUUUGGACGUCAAGGUGGCCACAUUACCUAGCAUCUCCCGUGACUUAACCGAUCGUAACCGCACCUCUCCAUUCGCCUUCACCGGCAAUAAGUUCGAGUUCCGUGCCGUUGGUUCUAAGCAGUCCCCUGCUUUCCCCGUCACUGUCCUCAACGCCGCUGUCGCCUCAGCUCUCCAGGAUGUCACUGAAGCUCUUCGUGAGCAGAUGGGUGACAAACCAUUCCCCUCAGAUGCUGACAAGUUGACUGUCAUCAAAAAGUUCAUUGCCUCCACCAAGAAUAUCCGCUUCGAGGGUGAUGGCUAUUCAGAUGCUUGGAUUGCUGAGGCCGAGAAGCGUGGUUUACCCAACAUUAAGACCUGCCCCGAAGCCUUUGAGCAACUCUUGAAGCCCUCGCACGCCUCCAUGCUCACCAAGUUGGGGAUCUUUUCCCAAUCUGAACUGAACUCGCGCUAUUUUAUUAUGAACGAGCGCUAUGCUAAGGAUCUCUUGGUUGAGGCCAAUACCAUGCGCACAUUGCUUGCUCAGCAGAUCUUGCCUGCUGCGUUUGAAUAUCGUGGUAGCUUGGCUAAAUCUAUCCAGAUCUUGAAUACCAUCGAGGGCGAGCAGCAGUCGCCCGAGCUCGAGGCUCUCAAAGGCUUGACCCCUGUUGUCAAGGAACUCCAGGCGGCCAUUGCUGGUUUGGAUGAGGCCAUUGCUAAGCUGCACGCCAUCCACGAUGAUGCUGUUGCAGAGGCCAAGGCUGCCAGCGAUUACAUCCUCCCAGCAAUGCAAGCCGCACGUUCUGCAGCUGACCAUCUUGAAACCCUGACUGCUGACAGGUACUAUCCCAUCCCUCGCUACAGCGAGUUACUCUGGUUCUAGGCUCAAAACCUUAUCGAAACGACAAUAACCGAAAGAUUGAAGCAUAGAAAUUAAAUUCUUUCUCAAUAAAAAAAAAAAUUGCUUGAGG